AGUUUUUAGAAGCUUUCGCUGAUGUCGCUAAUGGAUUUUGGGAAUGAAACGGAGACAUAUACAAUGAUAGAUCCAAAGCCAACUAUCUGGCAAACUUGGGGCAUUGGUCUAAUCGUAGUAACGAUCACGGCAUUCGGACCCUCAAUUUGUAUCACCGUUGUGCCAUUUCUCAACAAAACGCUUUAUGAACUCUUUAUGACAUUAUUAGUGGCAUUCGGCAUUGGAACACUUUCCGGUUCAACAUUAUACGUACUUUUACCGGGAGCACUUGGUUUAAAUGUCGUGGAACAAGGUUAUUGCAGGACAAACGUUUCCGUAUUAUUGGUGGUGCUGUAUGCGUUUUUUUCCGUGGAUCGAAUUCUAGCUUAUGUUGUGCAUUUCCGAAAAAUCCGAUUGAAAGGACGAAAGGUUCAUCAGUCAACACUGGACAAAAUUAUGAAAAGAGACAGAAAGAUCAAUAAUGCAACAGUACUAGAAGACAACUUUGUGGUACCUCGGAUUGUAGUGACAUCCGAAAAUAACGGUAGUACUGAAGAUAGCGAUCCGGAAUACUAUGAAUUGGACAAGGACCAUUUAAAGAGUGAAUUUGAAGCCGCGAUGGUCAGUAACAUACUUUCAAGGAAGAUGUCAUGCAAACGUCAGACGACUGUAUUAACAAUCCUGGAUGACAACAAUGGUUCAAUGAAACACAGUUCAUACCGUAAAAAUAAUAAUCCACAUGACGAGGUGUCGGUAAAUGUGGAGAUAGUAGAAGAAAAGGUACUAGAUCCAUCAAAACUCGAUAUAACCACAGUCGCCUGGAUGAUAAUGUUCGGUAGCUUCAUGAACAAUUUCGUUGAUGGUAUGAGCAACGGUGCUGCAUUUGCGAAUUCCUUGGCACGUGGUUUUUCAGUGGGUAUUGCAGUAAUCACUCAACAGUUUCCACAAGAGAUCGGAACGCUGGCAAUUUUAAUUCAGUCAGGACUUGGAUUCAGAAGAACUCUCUUACUAAAUCUAUUCCCGAAUUUGCUUAGUUAUCUGGGCUUUGUAGUUGGUGUAUUAAUUGGUAAUGUAGAUGAUUCUUAUGGAAAUUAUGUCUUCGCCGUAUCGUCUGGAAUGUAUUUAUAUGUUUUUCUUGGUACUUUGAUCCCGGAAAUUCGUGAUUCGAUAAACGAGCAAAUCAAAGUGGACUUGAAAAGAAGUAUUCGAUCAACCGCUUUGCAAGCUAUUGGUAUAUCUGCGGGAACCGUUUUCCUGUAUUUGAUAUGCAAAUAUGGCCAUAAAAUUCAUAUGCUAUAAUGCAAUGGUACGGUCAUAUUGUCAUGGAGAUAGUGCGGAGAAUGUAAAUGAAUGAUUGUAAAUAAGAAAGUGAACUUUCCAUUGUUUCCACCGUGACAGAAUCCAAAUCUCCGUCCCAUGGAAUAUCACUUGUCCAACUCAUCAAAAAAGCUCCAUAUCCCUUUCCUUUUCGUCCAUCACAAACAAUCACAGACGCUCUCUUUCCUUCUCUUUCAAUAGCCAACGGCUACUCCUUAUUCUCCAUUUCAAUAGCCACGGGGUUACUCCUGCCGGUCACCUGAUA